GGUUCACCUACAUCUGUACUUGUCUCGUCUCGUCCCUUAUAAACUGCUUCAGAAAAGGCAGGAAGAGCUAUCAUGAGAAGAUGAAAGGAUUCUUAAUCAUCAACGCCACAGACCUUGCAGGUGAACACCACUCUGACAAUCAAACAAUUGAAGGUCCCCACUUCACCAAUGGGACUUUUAACACAUGCUGCACAGCUGGGUUUCGCGGGUUUGGUUGAUUUACAAUCCCGGGUAACUGCCUGUUUCGUACUCAAAUGACUCAGGAGGAGAUUGCUCUUCAACCCAGUCAGCCUGGGAAAACCCUUCUGCGAGCUUAACCUGGCUUGAAAUGGUCUUAUUCGAAGAAUGGCUGAGGCGAAAACGGAACAGGAGAGAAUGAAUCUUGAAGCUGGAAGUGGUCAAACUCGCACUUCGAAUUUGCAAACUCAGGGGCUAGUCCACUGCCUGUUGUUAACGAAUGCGGACAGCCCAAAUGAAUGUUUGGGUAGGUUGAUUGAAGCCAAAUGCCACCAACGACGAGCUCAUGACGAGCUCACGACGAAAACUGGUGGGAGAUAACUACCGUGGGACGGUUAAUGUAUUCAUUGUUUAUUCUCGUGAUAUUCAAUCUUCAUUCACCCCCGGAUUAUCAUCCAACAGGAUAUGCUGACAGGCAAUUUACAGCCAGAGGUGAAUCUAGUACAUGAAAAAUUAUAUGCUGCUGAAGGUGAGAUGGGUGAGAGGGAUUCAAUGUUCUGAAUCUGGUAGUCUAUGCGGUGUUACAUAGUUAUAUUUAAGCCGCCUCGAUGAUGGGUUUCGGGUAACGGAAGAGUUCCUUUUGAGACCAUUACUUUAAGUUGAAGGGAAAGUUCCACAUAUAUUACUAUAUUAUUAUAUUCGUAGAUAGCUGGCAGUUUAUACACAACUGAAGCGUGCAAAGCAACCCCCUCUAAGUGAGAUAUCGUCACUGUCCCCGCGCCGCCGAUAUCUGCAAAGGGUUCUAGCGCCUAACAGAUACAGAAACACAGAGGCCAGGCCCUAACUAAUUCCCUAAGACUCUCCCCUGACCACAUGAUAAGGGCAAGAUACGCUAGGUUUUUAGCCAGGUUUAACUAACUAGCCAUUCAACAGGGAGCUAGGGACUUUUAUCACCAGGUGCCGCCACAUCAAACGAGAAACACUACGGAGUACUGGGCAGGUAUAUGCCACAUUAUCUUCUCGUUUUGGGCUUACCUGCAGGUCUUACAGUUAUCUAAAGCAUGAAUUUGGUCCUUGAUCUCACUGCGUUGAGUCUUUUAGUUCUACAACGAGGGACAGGUAACUACUAUGCGUAAGUAUGCGUGUUAACCUACCAACUCACCUGAGGCCAGGCUGUGGAGCUACCCUCGGAAAGUGCCACGCCGUGUCAAGCUUCCC